AUCGUGAACCGAGUGAUAUUCCAUUGCGCACACCGAGCGAUGUGUCGUGUUACAGUUUCAUAGUAUUAAAUAAAACGCGAUAAUUAAUAAUAUUUUUACAGUUUAUUAUUAAAACGAUUUAUAAAAUUCUCAAAAAGUCAUCGCAAUAAACAAUUUUUUUUUUACGUUUAAAUUUUCAGUCACAUACGUGAAGUGUUAUUUUAACUAUACUAAGACAUCAGGCAAAAGAACACAUAAUGACCACGUGGUGCUCCGCAGUAAUGGUGUUACUGGCAGUAGGCCGAGGACUAGGCCGACCCGAAGCACCGCUGACCGGAUUCGGUGGCGGCGGCGGAGGAUUUCCCGGGCUGACGUUGGACAGCUACGCGGCACCGAUCAGCGGCGGCAGCAGCAGCGGACCGUAUCCGAGCGCAGGGCCGCCCCCGCAGUACGGGCCGCCGCAGCAGGCGCCAGUCAUACACAAACACGUGUACGUGCACGUGCCACCUCCGGAACCCACGUACUACGCACCCAAGAAGCCGGUGCAACCGCCUCCGCCACCGCAGAAGCACUACAAGAUCGUGUUCAUCAAGGCCCCUACGCCGCCCCCGCCUACCGUCCCUGACAUACCGGCGAUCCCGCCGCCCGCCGAGCAGAAGACUCUGAUCUACGUGCUAGUCAAGAAGCCGGAUGAGGCCCCGGAGAUACACAUCCCCACGCCCGCACCCACGCAGCCGUCCAAACCGGAAGUGUACUUCAUCAGAUACAAAACACAGAAACAAGAGGGCUACCCUAACUCGGUGGCGUCCGAAUACGGAGCACCGGCCAAUCCGUCUCCUUCCAUCCCGUCCGACACAUACGGUUCCCCGUCACCAUCCACCGGUUACGGUGCGCCCAGCGGUCCAGGCAGUCUGUACUGAUGGAACGACCCGGACACGACGAGUACCGAGAAGACGUGCAACGUUUGCACUCGAUCCGGAGUGAACAUGAUGAAUAAUUAAAAAAAUUAAAUAAAAAAAAAAAACACCUGCAACCCAAGAAUUAUGAUAAAAUGUAAAAAUCUCACAUUUACUUUUAAAUAUAAAUAUGUAAUGUUAUCGUUACAAUACUAUAAUCAACUAUGUAUUGAUACGUAUCCUGUAUUAUCUGUUCGGUAUGGCGGAAAAAAAGCAUAUACACAUAUACACACAUACAUCCCAUUCGGCACAAUAUCGUUACGUUAUUUAUUGUAUUUUAUUUUGUUUAGAAAUCUAAAAAACGUAUUUUCUUAUCAGUGUUGCCAUAAAAAAAACCGUUGUAUGCAGGUACGCAAAAAACACCAGAACUUCAUAA